AGAAAAUGUCAGCAUAAAGCAAGAACAAAAGCAAUAGUUAGAAUAAGUGAAAUUUCUGACGACGACAGCAAUAGAAAUUAAAAUCCACAGUAGCGAUUAGAGUAAAUUAUAACUGGGCCACGGAGCACCAACUGGACAAAUAAAACCAACCAACAACACAAAACAAUAGUAAAGUGCUGUCGCCACGACAUAACUAACUAAAAAAAGAACGCACUAAGUACACCAAAGACUCGCCAAUCAAUUUAUGGUGCCACGAAGUAGGUGGUGCAAUUGAAAACCGCAAAAUAAUUGAUAGAUUAUAAAAGUGAAGUGUGCAAAGUGGAGCAGUGUUUGUGUAAAAGUAAAAAGUCAACAUUACAAAAAGUAUGUCGUCCGGCGCGGGUGAUGAGCUUGUAAAAGAGCCACGCGUGGCAGAAAUAGCCGCCUCCAGUAUUCGUUCCGGCCUAGCUGAACUCGAAUUAAAGUCAGCGCAAGUGCUACGCGGUUUGGAAAAUGUCAAAACAGCGCCAGUUGCAGAAGCAGCUGAAGCACAGCUGGAAGUUGGCGCCGCAGAUGCUGUGGACGGUCACAAUGCUAACUUAGCAAACGUCGCCGACACACCACUCGACAUGCCGACUACGGCAAAGCACACAACGCUUUUGCAUGGCGAUUGUAUACCACCAGCUGACAUAUUGAAUUCACUAGAAAAUCUUAUAGCCUAUUCAGACUCUAAUAAUGAUCCAGUAUUUCCGCUACCCGGCCUUGAUGAUGUAGCACAAUUGGCGCUCAUCUCACACAGCAUUGUCGCCUAUCUGACACAUUUGGAUCGCCAGCAUUUGGUACGUGUUUCGAGCAGCAUUGCCGGCGAUACCACACGCUGGUUGGGUGCGCUCUUCCGUUUUCUCGAUCCGGCCAGUAGUUUUCACACAGACAACGCUGACGCUAUACUACGCGCUGUGCGCUUAGCGAUAGUUGCACGUUGUCCUGGCUACCUCGAGGGUGGCAUACCAGCAUUGGCGCAUCCCUGUUUCUAUAUUUCCGAAAAUAUAACACCAAUACGUCUGCAAUAUGCUUGCCGUCAGCUGGGUAUACCAUUGGAUGCGAUACGUCUAAUACCGACCAAUAGCACGUUCGGCACAAUGGAUUUGUCUUUGCUGCUCAAACAAGUGCAAGUUGAUUUGAGUGCCAAUCAUACACCAUUAAUGGUGGUAGCCGAUGUUGGUGCAUCAAUAAGUGGUUAUGUGGAUAAUUUGCAACGCAUGAGUGACAUCUGCCGAACGCACAAUAUAUGGUUACAUGCCACCGGGCAUGCUUUAGCGGCGUUGGCAUGUGCACAAGGGCCAAAUACGAUCAGUGACACUGUUGACUCAAUUGUUUUGAAUUUGGGCAGUUGGUUGGGCGUACCAAGCCUACCGAUAGUGCUGCUACAUCGUCAAUUGCAAAAUUCUGCAUUGACCGCCUUCGAAUCGGAUCCAAUUUUAUCGCGUCGCCUACAUUCACUGUCACUAUGGACUAGUCUGCAAGCGCUUGGACGUGAUGCGAUAGCGGAACGUAUACAUGUUGCAUUCCAAACGUGUAGCAUUCUCUUCGAGAUCACGUCCAAGUGUGAGGGUAUGCGUGUAGUGAGUCGUGCCCCGGGCGGCCAAUCAGGCACUACACUUAACGAUGUCAUCAAUAAGCCGCUAGACGCUAAUUUGCUUUUCGAGACCGUUGCACCUGUAGUCGUAUUUCAAUUUGAUGGUAGUACAUCUAUAGCGACAGUGGGGAAAACCGAUAACGAACCUUUGAAAACAUUAGAGAGCAGAGAGAAGGCGUUGGAGAAGGUUGACAAUGCCACAUACUUUGAUCGCUUGAAUUCUUGGUUGGGGCAAUUAAUGCAGCGUGAUUGUCCAAUGUUCGAUUUCGAAAUAAUUGAACAUCCUACACACGGCACAUGCAUACGUUAUUGUCCGUUGGAAUUGGGAUUAGGCCAGCAACCACCAACUUCAGAAAAUUUGGAGGGUUUCGCACAUUAUCUCGAAGGCAACGUUGAUAUUUUACGUGCAACCAUAAAGCAUAAAGCGACAUUUAUCGAAUGGGUUGGAAAGAGCGAUGUGUUGCGUUUAGUUGAUCUGCCAGAGUGGGCCGGUAUGGGUGGGGUGCGUUUCGUACCCGAGGGUUGGGAGUCUAUACUCACAGAUCAAGCCAAAACUGAAUUAAAUAAGCUAAAUGCCGAUCUCGUUGAAGCAUUGAAAUCGACUGACAAUGCCUUCUCGCUGGGCGAAAGUGCAGAUGGUCUGAUUUGUGUGCGCUUCGGUAUGGUUACGCAUGAAACGGAGGUGGAAGAGCUGUUGGAUUUAGUCGUUUCGGUGGGUCAGAGUGUACAGGAAAAUUCUAGAGUAUUGGAUACAAUGUCGGAAAUUGUAAAGAAGGGCAUAGAGGCUGCCACUGCCGAUUUAAUGCGCGAAACCGAGGAGAAAAUGUGGCAAGAAGGCAUAUUGAGGCAUGUACCAGUUGUAGGGCGUGUGUUUAAUUGGUGGUCACCACCACCGAAAGAUGCUGGCGGUAUUAAAGGUCGAAGUCUAAAUCUAACACAAGGCGUCGUCGAAAGCACAGAAAAUAUUUAUAGAUAUCACAUGCAAAUGUCGGGUUCGCCACAUCAAAUGGGACGUUCGCCGCCCACACCAAUGGUACAAACACCUGUUAUUUCGACAGCCAAUACGGUACCGCCCGUCUUUCCGGAGCCAACAUCACAAGUACAAGCGCCACAACAACAACAAGCGCAAUAUUCAAAUUCGAAUAGUGUCAAUGAGGACAGCGACAAGCAUACACGCAACAUAAGUCAAAGUAGUAAUCAUUCAUCGGUGCCUGAGUUAGUGCCCGUUAAUGCGAAUGUUAUUGUGAAUGCAAAUCCAAUUAAUAGUGGCAAAUAAAUACGUAGGGUAUAAGAUAAUAUCGAAUUAAAAAUAAAGCGAUGUAAUGCGCUAGCAGCCAAAGUUGCUAACAAUUAAAACAACAAAAAACACUGAAAAUAUUUGAAAUUUGAUUUGUGUCUGACACAUUCAAAUUAAAACGUGUUUAUAAACAUAUAUUUAAUAUGCUUGUCGUAGUUAUUCAAAAAAAGGAAGCGUGGAACACAAUAUUAAGCAUUUUUGUAUUUUUGGCAAAUGUGCAGAAUAAAAAAGUAUAUAUAUAAAUGGAAAUGAAGAGCAACGGUGCUGUUGCUGGAAAAAAAUCCCAAAAUAACAGUGCAAUUCUUCAAGUUCUCCAAUGAACUUAAAUAAAUAAUAAUUUCAGUGCCCGAAAGGUCCAAUAAAAUUGGUGCGUUAGAAAUCGUUAAGAAAAUAUAGAUCGCGAAACUUUUAUAAUGUAUUAUCUACCAAUAUUAACAUGUACACGCAAAUCUAUUGUAUAUUUUAUUAUUUAACAAAAAUGUUCUACUUUCUUUUAUGUCAUUUAUUAUUUUGCAUGUAACAUAUUUUAAUUUAAUUUUGUAAUUGAAAUAUUAGUAAAAAAUAGUAUAUAGAAAAAGAGUUUAAAGCAACUCUUUAAGUAUGCAAAAAAAUAAGUGAUGCUUAUUUUAUAGUUUAACCUUGCUUACAAAUGCGAAAAUAGCAAAUAAUUGUCGUUCAGUAUGCUUUACGUUAAACAUACAUAAAAUCAUUCCUCUCAAUUGCAUUAAGGACUAAACAAAUUCGAAAAUAUAAAUCGGUUUCUUAAAAAAACAGUAAACUAAUUUUAUAUAACUAUCUGCAAAUCUUAUCCAAAGGUCUUUGUAAGGCGAGUACAACUUGUAUCAUUCAUCUAUUCCUUUUAUUAAACCUAAUAUUAUAAUAUGUAUUUCAUUAUUGUUUCUCAAAUUAUUGUUAUUCUUUAAUAUAAUACAAUAUACUUAAUAUUCUUAUUGCAAUUAAGAAUUUUUUAUUCUCCAUAUUCUUCCACAUGCUGAGAAGAUAACACCAACACCAAUUGUACCGUAUUAUAGUAAAUCAUUAUUAUUAUAUAAUUACAAAAUAUUUAAUUAACCUACUCUUUAAAUUUAAAUAGUAAAUGAAUCAGUGCGGAUAAAGAAAUACAAACAAACAAUAAAGCGAAACAAUUCAGCUGAGUGUGCACAA